ACAGAGAUUCAGUCUGAGAAAGAGAGAGCAUACCAGCAAGUAGUGGAACAUAAGUAACAACAAUCAACGUUACAGCUUGAGGAGAGAAAUGGCACAAGACUAUAUCAAAAUGCAAGCUCUGUUUCUUCUAGCAACAGCCAUGGUUAUCUCAUGUCACAACAGUUUGGGAGCCUCUGAGGUGUUUGUGGCCAGAGGCUCAGUUGCAGUGUUACCUUGUGUAAUGUCUUCUUCAACUAAACACUCUCCUGCUGUCAUCUGGAAAAGAACUGUUGAUGGUGAAGAGAGGACGGUGUGGCGCAGGGACAAGAGCGGGCUCGAGUUUCGAGCUGUGGGACAGGCUCCAAAAGCUUACUGUCCCCAUCCAAACUUUGGAAGUUCAGAUUUCAGUCUUCAUAUCCAAGAGACAAGAGAGGAAGAUGCAGGAAUGUAUCGCUGUGAGGUGGAAGGACAGUACCCCAAGAUCAUCAUGCUCCAUGUCAUCAGUGUGUCCUUUACUCCUGCUGUGGUAUAUGAGGGUGGUUGGGUGACACUGACCUGCAGUAUCACUCCAGAUACAUCGGACAAGACAACAAAAUGGGAACUUAAUGGCUCACCAAUUACCAGCCGUAGCAGCAAGCAGACAUACACGAUCAAUAAAGUGUCUCAGAAGGAUGCAGGAACUUGGAGCUGCUUGAUUGGAAACAAACAAACAGAAGCAAACAUAUCCACAUCGGUGGAAGUCAGAGGUAUCCUGGUCCCUAAAGAUAACUCAGAGGUAGUGUAUGCACAGUUGGGAUCCUCUGUCACCCUGCCCUGCAUCUUCUCCAGUAAAUUGUAUUUCAGCAACUCUACUUGGAACAGAGUGUCCAAAACGUCUAAUCUGCCAGACAAACUUCCUUCGUCUUUUAACGUUUCCUCCAAUCCCAGUAUUUCUCCGUGCUCCUCCAUGUGGGUGGAUAGAUCAGCAUACAUUGAGAGUGUGCAGGAUGGAGAUGAAGGCACAUAUAGGUGUUCAGGAGCAGUGAGGGCAGACAACGACCUGUUAGUCAAGGUGGAGAGGAACAUUCAGUUGGUCACUGCUCAAGUUCUGAGCUCACACAAAAAUGGGAAAACAACCCUGACCUGUCGCAUUAGCAGCACCAGCCAAGUCACCAAUUAUGAGUGGAUCCAUGUGGAAUAUGGUGUGAGUGACACCCAGAUAUUCACCUCUGUCCAAAAUUCUUCAUCAAAGAUGCUGAGCAUACCAAAAGAGAAGCACUUAGGAGAAUGGGUGUGCCGUUUCUAUAAUAAACAACAGCUUCUGGGAAAUGUAACUUAUCACCUGCAAAUGAUGAGUGGUUUGGAGGGAAAGCAACAAUCUACAAGUGUCAACAAAGUAGCCUUGAUUAUAGGACUGUGCUUUAUGGUCUUGUUGUUGGUCCUUAUUUUGCUUCAGCUGUACAAAAAUCAUCGCAGGAGGAAAAUGAUCUUACAGUAUCCAGCUAUGGAGACGAUCGUCCAUCUCGCCGCUAAUGAGCGAGAAUUUAGAGAACGGGUCAACGCAAGAGAGAAAGUCCAGAAUGGUGCAUGUGGUAAAAAUUUGAAAUCAGAGCUUGUGUAAAUAUAUCAAGAUGUUUUGAGAUUUGGUUGUUUGUAAGGACAAAGUCUAGACAUGAUUUCUACU